CUCGGAGUUGAUCAGCAAAUCAGGGGAGAAACUUGUGUCGUCUGGUUGUUUGGCAUCGCGGCAAAACUUUUAAUUUUUCUUAAAUCUGCAAUCCUGCUAUCAAUCAGUCAGCUCUUUAUUUGAAAUUGUGUCUCCGAACGAAAUAGUGUGCGAGCGUAAAUUUCCGCCUCUGGAAUGCAAUUGUUGCGUACAUGAUAAAUGUAUCCCGUAACCUCCUGAGUCAGCGCAGCAGCAGCGUGCGACUCAUCCAACUUCAAGUCUGAAUUGGAACCCUAGCGUGUGAGCGUUAUUACACCUCCGAAGGAACCAUGGAAUCAGAGUAUUACGAUGAUCAGCAACAGCAACCACCGAAAAAAUCGGCGAAGCAAAACAAUGCCUUGCCACUAUGGGGAAACGAAAGUACAAUGAAUCUGAAUGCGUUGAUCCUGGCCAAUAUUCAGGGUUCUAGUUACUUCAAAGUGUCCUUGUUCAAACUGAAGACUUACCACGAGGUGGUGGACGAAAUCUACUACCAGGUUAAACACUUGGAACCAUGGGAGAGAGGCUCACGCAAAACCUCCGGUCAAACGGGGAUGUGUGGUGGGGUUCGAGGAGUUGGUGCCGGGGGUAUAGUCUCGACCGCUUUCUGCCUUCUUUACAAAUUGUACACACUGCGAUUGACGCGGAAGCAGGUUAACGGAUUGCUCACUCAUGGUGAUUCGCCAUAUAUUAGAGCGUUAGGUUUUAUGUAUUUAAGAUUCACACAACCUCCAGCCGAUCUCUACGACUGGUACGAGCCGUACCUUCUGGACGAGGAAGAGAUCGAUGUGAAGGCUGGAGGCGGCCAGACAAUGACAAUCGGACAAAUGGUUCGGCAGUACCUUACCAAGCUAGACUGGUUCUCCACCUUGUUCCCGCGUAUUCCUGUUCCGAUCCAGAAGCAGAUAGAGAGUAAAUUAGAGCAAUUCGCCCGAGAGAACAAUGUUUCCUUCGCGGAAGCUACAAACGAUCGGUACAGUAAAUCGGGUGGCCGAAACUACGAACGCCCGGGAAACCCAACACGAGAUGAGUAUCCGGCUGGAGAGCCUAGUCGAAGUACGAAACGGGCCGAGUAUGCGGGACACUGCGACCGGGACCGUGAGCCCCCAAGAACCGCAAGAUACGGCAGAGACGAUGACCACCGGCGAGAACGGGGUAGAGAGCGAGAUUACGAAAGGGAACGGGAGAGAAUCAGAGUAGACAGAGAUAGGACGGAACGCGAUCGGGAUUAUGAUCGUGGGAGGGACAGACACCGGGAUAAAAGGUCUCGUUCAAGGGAUCGAGAUUAUCAGCGGGAUCGUAAUUAUGAACGGGACAGAAAAUAUCGCUAGGAAAUACCACACGCACUUUCCUUAUGAAAGUGUGAAUCAUUAGACAAAAGAGUGCACAAGGAGCCACACGGAACAAGGCGAGAAAUAGAACGCUAAAACAGUAACUUAUUUGCAAACAGAUCUUCAUGCGGGAAAAAUCGCUCGAUGGAACUUAGAAACGUUUUAGAUAAAUCACUCUUACAAUUUUAAAACCAACAAUGGCAUCGUUUUCAAUCAUUCUUUCUGGUUAUCAUGAAACGGUGCCGCUUCGAAAGACAGCAUUGGCAAUGCUUUGACAAACUAAAGUACUGAGUACCUUCACAGGCAAAUAGCAGCAACUUUAUUACGGGAUACAGAUAUUUGUUUUUAUAUCUCUUCAUUAUAAUCCAUAAACACUUUUAAUCUCAUACGUUACGUAAUUACAACAAACAACAUAUAGAUUGGAGGGGAUACCCACUGGUAUUAAAUUACUUCACAAGAGAAGGCAUCAAGCUCAAAAUGUUUUGUUGUGUAUAGGAUACGGGUAGAGUAGAAAUCAAAAAAACAACCUCUCCAAGCGCGAUGACCUCCACAAAAUAAUUGCCCCGUUGUGGUGUUAAGACAUGCUACCUUCAUCAAUAACAUUGUUCAUCUCCACUGUUAAACCAAGCGAAGCCACGACGAGAUUCUACCUCAAGUACGAUAGAGCUAGUGAAACAGCGGAACGGAGCGUAGUCAGCAUUGGCUUCGUAGGAAAACACCUGAUACUUUCUAGUUUGCGAUGCUGCAAUUAAACCUUUUUUGCCGGCAAAAAUCCACUUCUAAGUUUGGGAUAGACAUUCACCCGAGUUCUACAGAUCAGUAUGACUCAGGACUCAAGGAUUUACUGGAACACAUACGCCCACGGUAACUGGGGGAAGGCUCGUUCGGAUGGUUUUGUUGGCAGCAAGCAGUUAAGAGUUAAGAGCAGCAGAUGAUGCGGGUUUUGCGUUGACUAAUGGUUAAGAUGUUUCUUUUCGUUUGCCUAUGCCACACAUGUUAUUCGUCGAGAUUUACUUGCGGCGAAAUAACAAACGAACACGAACGAGGGUUUACUGAAAUAGUUCUGUAAACUAACAAUAUGAAAAAAAGAUAGGACGUGUGACUAUAAAGCAGCAAAAGAAAAUGAAAGAAAUGUAAACCGAAAAAUAAAGUACUAUACGAGCGAUGUAGCGGAAACGAUUGUGCAA